ACAGAAAGAAUUUGUCUAAAUAUUUGAAAUUUAUCCCGUUAUAAAGGAUUGCUGUUAUAACAAAAUUAAAGACGAGACUCAUAUUAUUCACUUCACGAAAGAGAUAAACACAAAUAUUUCCUCGUAGGUUAACAGAUCUAUCUUACUAUCACCAAAACCCAAAACCGGAAGUUCAAAACGCCAUUUGUCGUUUUGAUCUUUUAACUCGUCUUAUAGAAACUGGCACGUUCUCAGUGUAACCGACGUCACGAAACCAGAAUGGGAUAUGAAUAUUUGAUAAAACUGUGUCAUUGUACUUUACAUGCGUCUAAAACAGUGCUGCUUUGUGUUUCCACAUAACGAUAUGGACACCAUCUGGAAAACCCCUUGAAAAUAUAAUUUUCAUUUCACUUUAAAUUUUCAUUUUCAAUUAAGAAAAUUAAAGCUUCCUUAUACAGCUAUAUCUUUCUUUAAGACCGUUGGGUUUAAUUUGAACUAAUUGGUAAUCCAUUGAAUAGUUAAUACGUUGUAAUAGAAUUUAUUUCGCCAGAAAAAAUGACAUUAUUUUGCUGACAUUGCAGUGAUGCAAAAUUUAGACAGAACACUUUAAAUUUGAAAAAAAAAUGUUUUAGCAUUGCAAAUAUCAAUGGAUUUCAUAGACUUAAUUAAAUUGAGAAUAGCCAGCAUAAAUUGAAUUCUACAUGUAGAUGUAAUUGGUAUUUGAAAUCCAAAAUUGAACUGGACAAGCAUAACCAACAGCAAUGGGAGAUCCUUUAGUAAGGAAAUCUGCAGCAUUGUCUCGCUUGAGGCAUCAGUUGAGGAAGAAACGUGAAUCUUUAGCAGACCACUUUGAAUUCAAGAUGUAUAUUAUUUUCCAUUUUAAAGAUAAGCAAAAGAAGAAUGGUGCAAUAUUUGAGGUAGCAGAAGUUAUACCAGUUAUGACAAACAACUAUGAAGACAGUAUUAUGAAAGGAGUAAAGGAGGAAGCAUACUCUUUAGAAAGCUCAAAAGAAUUACUUGAAAAAGAUGUGGUUCAACUUCAUGCCCCAAGGUGGCAGUCAAUGAGAAGGGAUGUACUUGGAUGUACAACAGAAAUAGACUUCUUUUUGUGGCCGAGAAAUGAUAUAGAAAAAAUUGAAUGUAUCUUAUUCUCAAGAUGGAAAGGAGAGGACACACCAUUUAAACCUAUUCAGGCAGAAUUUAAUUUUCUACGUGGUGACUAUGAAAAACAAUUAAUGCGGCUGCUAACCAGAAAGGAAAAAUCUGGAAUGAUUAUCAACAACCCAGCACAAUCUAUGUUUUUAUUUAUAGACAAAAAUCAAUUACAGACAAGUAAAAACAAGGUGAUUGUGUUCAAGCUGUCAAGUAUAUGUCUUUACUUGCCACAGGAUCAGCUGACAUCAUGGGGACCUGGUACGGUGGAAGAAAUUCUCUCACAACAUAUUCCAGAUUAAACCAAAGCAUACAUAAAUCAGGGAUGUUCUGUGUCAUAUAACUGUUACAAAGUCAAUAUGAUGAUAUUGGAAAUAACUAUGUUAAUGGCAAUGUAAUCUUUUGAUUAGCCAGUGCAAAAUUAUUUUUAUGGACAUUUCAUUCAUACAUGGCUCAUAUAAAAAGCUUUUUACAUAUAUUAAAUAAAGCAGACAUUUCAUUUCACGUUUACUUUGGACCCAAGAUGAUUUUGUCUGAAGGACAAUCACAAAGAUGGCAUUUAAGUGUACAAAGUAUAAUUUCUAAAAUACCAAUCAACUAGGAUGGACUAAUAAAAGCUACAUUAUUUUGUUUGUCACUACACAUUUUGGAGAAUAAAUGUUUAGCUUUUAUUCAUUAUAAAAGUAAUUCAAUAGGUGACACAAUUUUGGAGUCCUCACUCUCAUUUUAAUUUUCCUAAUAAAAACAUAAUUAAGACAGUAUAAUACAGACAAAUAUGAAUAAUAAUAACCUAUAAACAAACAAUUAUAAGUUACUGUUAAGCUUAUUACAUUUAUUCAAAACAUUUGUACAGAAAAAUUCAUGUAUAAUGAGAUCAGAGGCAAAUUUUUCCACUAUUUUAUCAAUAACUCUUCUUACCACUCAGAUUCAACUGUAAGGGAAGGUUUAAAUGGUGUCAGAAAAUAGCUGCCAGUUACUUCUUACAUUCAAAUAAGUGUUCUGCAUUUUGAAAUGCUAACUUGAAAUAUGACAUAUAUAUGAACAGAAAUAGAAUCUUUUGUGUGUCAGGUACUGAGAUGUUACAAAGAAAAGCAUUUAAAGUUAUCCUUGUUCAGUUUAUAUCAGGUUAAUACUUUAGCAUCUUUAAUUAAAAAGAAACAUUUAUUUAAAUGAAUUUCAAUAAAUUUGAAAUUGAACUCCAAAUGUUGCUCACAACUCAGGGAGCAGUGAAGGUGCAGAUAUUGGUUUUAGGUAUUUUCCCUGUGUAGGUGGUAGUGAUUUGUUUAAAUCCAGAUGGUGAACCAGAAAAUUUAUAAUAAUUUUCAUACCAUUUAGACUUUUUUUCAUUUUAUUUUCCAGAAAUAAAUUCUAAAAGGUUUCUUUAAAGUUUAUCAAUUUUGUCAUGAAAGUUAUAGAAUGAGGGUGUGUGCUAGUAAUUGUUUCAAAGUUAUCCUAUCUUAGUUCUAUGUUAAGUGUGUAAAUUGAAUUUUGUGUCAUGAGUAUGGUUUGGUUGAAAAAGGUUAGUGUGCAUGUGUGUAUUUAGUGUGUAUGUAUGUAUUUUAUUUGUUUUAUUUGUUUGUAUAUUCAGUAGUGAAAUUGGUGGUCUCCUGACAUACUAUUCAAGCAAGAUGUUUUUCUAUUGUCAUCAAUAGAAUUUUUUUUCUUUCUGAAAAAUAUGAUUUUAUUGUGCGAUAUUUAUGUUAAAUGGGGAGGGAAGAAAUUAAGCACUGAUAUUGUUAAGUGCAUAUAUUUCCUUUAUUUAGAAUUGUAGUAAAGUAUGAUUCCUUCACAGAAAUGAGCCAUGCAAAUUGAUUCAUUUUUUGGACUUUCUUUGGUUUUUUUAAGAAUUGCUUCUUUUAAUACUGAAGAUCAGAAUUUUUUACACAAUUUUCAGCAACUUAAGUUUCAACAAAAAAAUUCUAUGAAUAUUUACAAUUGAUUUUAAGAUAUCAAUGUGCUUGAAUGAGGAAAGUUGAGGAGUCAUUCUAGAUACAAACUACUGUACAGUAUGACAGAGUUGUGUUGGGGAGUCUUUCUAGAUACAAACUACUGUACAGUAUGACAGAGUUGUGUUGGGGAGUCAUUCUAGAUACUUUAACUACUGUUCAGUAUGAAAGAGUUGUUUUUAUCAUUUGUUGAUUUUGUUUUUUAUUUUUAUUUUUGCUGAUAUUUAUAUGUUGAUAUAUAAUCUUUGGCAGCACAGUAAUUGUGAUUUUCAUUUUUGAAUAGGGCAGAAAUAAGUUAUGUCUGCAGCUACAUAUCUUAUAUCUUAUACAUUAUCUCUAUAAUAUUUUCACAAAAGUAGGGUUUUGGUGUGGAUUUAUAAACCACAUAUAUUCAGUAAAAACUUGUGAUUUGAAAUUUUAGUACUUAUUGUGAAUUUGUGAAUGUUAGAUAAUGUCUAACAUUCCAUAUAGUACCAUGCGAGGUUACAUCUUUUGAGUCAUGAACAUGUAAAUUCUAACCUUAAAAUUUUUAAAAGCAGCUGAACUGGUAUUUUUGCAUUUCAGCAAUUAACGUUAAAUGAAAACAAAUGUUAAAAAACAUUAUUUGUUUCAUAAUUUAAAUAGAAAACCUUAACUUUUGUUAUCUUUUUCUUCAUUUCUACUUGUUUUUAACUUUUAUCAAGUCUUGGGGGAAUUGCAUUAGCAAUGUAUAUGAUUUAGACUUUUGGUGACAUUUAAAGUCAUAUGCAAUGUUGGUUUUUUUUUACAAAUCACAGUUUUAUUAUACUUCACACCAAUUUAAGAGGGACAUUUAAUACAUAUAAAAUCAAUGCUACUUGACACUUCUGAUUGUUAUAACUUAGUGAGGUAUGUAUUAAUGUAUACUAAAAUUUAAACUUCCCAGAAGAUCAACAACCUUUUUAAUUUGAUUAUUCUCAGAUUGGUCUUUAAAAAAUACUGAACUUUAACCAACCAUGGCUGACUCUUAACAUGCUCCAAACAAUCACUAAUAAAAAAAAUAUCAAUGGAAUUUUAUAGAAGCAAGAAUAUUUUCACUUAUGAUUAUUUUCAGAUCAAAAGUUCCAGAGUUGUGGGACUUUACAUCUUGUGUUAAGAUAAUAAUCUAAGCUUCUAAAGAUUCUUCAAGUUGAAUUUUACAAAAUAACAUUUCUUAACUUUAAAAUGACUAAAAAAAUGAAGAUUAAAGAGUAUACAUAAAAUAGGAUACAUUCAUAAACACUGCCAUAUGAUCUUAUAAAGUAAUUUAGAAAUGAAAGCAGUGAACAUUUUAUUCUAAGUGAAGUUUGUUCUCUAUAUCACAAAAAUAUGAACUUAUCCUGGUGCCAACAUGUAGUUUUAAUAGAUUUUGGUAUUUACUAUAGUAUGAAAUAAUAGUGCAGUACAUGAAUUUCAUUUCUCAUCAUAUAAGGUUUGGAAAAGCCAGUCAUAGACUUGUUAUGCUGUUUACAGGAUGUCAUGAUUUGAUCAUUUUAUAUAACAAUAUUCAUUAGUAGAAACAAAUUUACAUCUGCAUUUUCAGAUUGAAGGCAAGUAAGCUACUGUUUCAUCUGCCAGAAUGUUGACAUUCCUUAAAGAGACAGUAAAUUAAUAAAUUAUAUUACUAAACUUA